AUGGCUGGACGAACAAGAAAUAAUAACAACGGUAAUGGUGAUGGAGUGCCUGAUGGCGAUGUCGCUCGAAUUAUACACGCGAUUGCUAAUAGGGUAGGCAAUAUACCAUCCCGAAACCAAGAUCAAAACAAAUCGGAGAUGAUAGCAAAAUUUGAAAAGCUACGUUCCCACAAAUUCCUUGGUGGACCAAACCCCCAUGAAGCUGAAGCUUGGUUAAGACAAAUUAAGAAGUUGCUAGAUACCUCCGACAUCCGAAAUGAACAAGAUAGAGUGACCAUGGCGGCAUUUCAAAUGGAAGGGGAAGCAGAUCAUUGGUGGGAAAUGAUCAAGGCUCUUUCACGGUACGCUUCAGCCAUAGUAGCAAAUGAAGAGGAUAAGGUUAGGCGAUUUGAAUGGGGCUUGGACACAGACAUUAGAGGAAGAUUGAUCGCAGUGCAACUCUCUACCUAUGCCCAGAUGGUGGAUCGAGCUUUAAUUGUGGAACGAGAGUUAGCAGAUUCCGAACGCAUUCGAAAUCAGCGAUCAAGGAACAACAACCAACCACGCGGAGGAGGCCCAGUCCGUAACACUAGAAACCAUUCUGCGCCAGCACCUUAUAUCGGAGGGAUGCAACUGCAACAAAGGCAGAAUCGAGGAAACCAUCAAGGAGGAAACUUUGUAAAUGAGUGGAAAGGAAGAUGUUUCAGAUGUGGUCAACAGGGGCAUCGUCGAAGUGAGUGUCCUCAAGGUGGGGAGUAUUUUAUGGAUCAGCGAGGGGCACAACAAUACAACAGAUGCCAACCUGGGCAAGGUUCUAAGCCUACUCAAAAUACUCAGACCAACAAGGGGCAGCCACAAGCCUCUAGGAAUGCAGGCCGACCAAGAACACAACCACAAGGAGCUGGAAAUGGGAAGAAACUAGGAGAGACUAACCAACAAGUAGUAGGGAGAAUGUAUGCUCUCCAAGAAGAAGAAGAUGUUGAUAACCCAUCAGUGAUUCAAGGUAUGUUAAUCCUUAUGAAUUCUUGGGUUAAAGUAUUGUUUGAUUCUGGAGCUUCGCAUUCUUUUAUAUCCACUGCAUGUGUGACAAGUUUGGGUCUAGAGCCAGAGAUGCUAGGGAUAGCUAUGAGUGUCGCUUCACUCUUAGGAGGUCAAACUCGAGUAAAUCUAGUAUGUAAAUCUUGUGAGCUAGAAAUCUCCGGUUCAUUUCUGAUCUGUGAUCUAAGAGUUAUGGAUAUGUCUGAUUUUGACGUCAUCCUAGGAAUGGAUUGGUUGUCAGUUCAUCGAGCCAUUAUUGAUUGUUACUGUAAGACAGUGACAGUAUCCCCCCUUAACGGCACGAAAGUUCAAUUUCAAGGAGAUAAACAAGAUUCUCUAACUCCAACGUGUCGCAAGUCGCGAUGGCAUGAUACUAAAUGGAUGGUUGGCAAGCCUAAUUUUGGAAGACGAAAAUCGAGAGGAUCCAAGAUUACCCCAUGUGGUGUGCGAGUACGCUGA